GUUGACGUGUAGUAAAUAAAAAAAAAUUUCAAUAAAUUUUUCGAUCCGACUUUUGUUGUUCCUCAAUUUUGACGCGACAAAUAAUAAUGUUAAUUACUGGAAUAGGGGACGAGGUUACAAAUUUCUUUAUUAUUUUAGUGAUUUUUUGUGUAAUUUAUUUUGGCUGGCGCAGCACUGCAGUAACCCCUGCCUCGUCUCCCGUCGGAGUCCUCAUAAUUGAACAAAACACCAGAUUCACGUCCGCACCAUCGAAUAACAACACACCAGAAAAUAGGGAAUUGACUCGAAGUGACUCGCAACUAUCGACGAGAACAGAAACCGAAGAGCUGACGGUAAACAACGUCAUUGAGGAAUUGGAAAACGAUAUUACGGAUUUUAUUGGCCGCAGCAGUUCCAGUUUCGAUCCCCUUGUCGAUGAAAAUCAUGAAACUACGUUUACGGAAACGGGUGGAGAAGAGCAAAUUAUCGAAGCAAUGGAUGGAGAUGUAGUGGAUAACAAUGGUAGUAGUGGUAGUACUAAUGACGGGCUACGUCACAGAAAAGUGACGGGAGAACAAGGAGAUACAACAACAGACAAAACUGAAUCCAAGGACGUAGAAAAUGAUCGUGAACUGACGAUUAAGCUAAAAUAUUUGAACGACGAUUUGAAACUAGUCACUGCCAAGGCUUCCGAGGCAAUUGGAGAUUUUAAAAAGCGAAAUUUUACCGUAGAAUUAGCCGCUCAAAAACUUGUUCGUUUGGUCUUCAAUGGUCAUGUUUUGCAACACGAUAAAACAUUGGAGGAAUGUGGCCUCUUCGACAACUGCGUGGUUCAUUGUUUGGUUCACAACAAGAAACCAAGUGACCGGAAUGACGAAAGAAAUUCCCAGACAAGUGAAAACACGUCAUCUGCGUCAAACCAAAGAGCAGGUCCUCAGUUAAAUCAAAAUGUUCCGGGAAGUCGAAGGGAAACGUCCGAAAGUUUUCUCAAUAGACCAGAAAAUGGACGAUGGUAUCUUUACAUAGGAAUGGUUUUAAUCACUGUUACCUUGGUGUUUUGUUGGUUUUGUCGUUUCAACUAUUCCUAUCUAUUUUCUUUUUAUUCGACCAUCGGAUUGAUACUAAUGUCCGUUUUGUUUAUUGCAAUGAUUCCUUUGAUUUUGCUGAUUGAACGCGACGUUGUUAACUAAAUUGCGUGUAAAAAGUAGGUUUUUU